AAAGCAUUGUAAGUCCUAUUGACUCGAAAGAAGCGUUGAACUGCAAAUGGUUUGGUUAUACAUGGCGGCAAAGUCAGAGAGAAUAAGUGAUUGUUAAAAAUAACAAAAUAUUUUCGAGGUCGGACCAUGGUUGAUUAAACACACGGAUUCAGUCUGAAACACCUAAACUUUUCACUUUUGAGUUCGAUUUGUUUUUAAUUAAUAGAGCACUAUAUGAAACAGAUGGUUAGCAUUUUAUCUACCCAACUACGGAAAAUUGAGCGAAGAAAUAGGAAAAAUAACAUCAGUGGCGCAAUCUGUCUGGUUUGGCGGAUCUCAAUUUUGCGGAUCGCUUAAAAUUUUAAGUAUUGCAGUCAGCAGAUUCGUUUUUUUUCAGCUCAACAUGGAUAUGAUAUCUGAUGAAAAGAAAAAAUCGGAGAUUUCGUAUCUAUUGGCCCGGUUAGAUUCGAACACGGUCACAUUAAGCCGUGUAUGCAUAGAAAAAUAUGGAAACCCAUACUUGAGAAUUUUGAUGGACCACAUAUUAUUUGAUUUUAAUGAUAACAUCACUUUGACCAGUACAGAUCAAAACUCAUUAACCUCGUACUCUCUAUCUUUGUUUCGUGGGAUGAAUUUUAAUUUGGUUAAGGUUGGGAAAUAUAAUAUAUUAUACUACAACGGAAAAAUAUUGACCACGCCAACAAUAAUAGAGAUAAUUCCAGCAACGUUUUAUACACUUUUAUUACUACCGAGAUGGUGUUACAAUGGUAAAAUAAUAGAAUACUUCAUAUGAUAAUUGUAUUGUUAUUAAUAUCUAUUGAACUACAAUCAAAUACAUAAUAUGUAAUAAUAAAUGUAUAUAGAAUGUACGAUUGUUUACCAAGGAUGAAGGAAACUAUAUUCACAUCUUGUGGCAGUUUUUUACAACACUUUUUUUUGUACGUCAUUUAGGUACACGAAUAUCUUCUAUACUGUGGUCUCAUGCUUCUCGACAUGUUGUUAUUAGCUUAUUUCAGCGUGGUUUAUCGGAGUAAGAAUGGACACGACUGACACAAUAGCACUUAACUAGAUCAAAAAGGACGACAUAUUAAUGUUCUCGGCUGAAUACCUAUGUUGUGGUAUUCAAUAAAACUGACAAUAAUAAUUAUUUAAUGAUUUAAAUGAUUAUUAUUUGUGUGAAGGUUCAUAUGAAAAGUAAAUAAUAAGAAUGUUAAAAUCACCUAUACCUGACUUGACGUGCCAAAAAUUACCUAUUUUUUCUCCUGCAUGCCAUUAAAUUAUGAAAAACAAAUGUUAUACCUAAUUAAUAUUAUAGUAAAAAAAUAUAUAUUAAACGUGAAAAUAAUCUUACUGUCAACAAACAUUAUGAAACUAGCAAAUUCUGUUUAGUCUGAGAGUUUUUCAUAUUUUUUCGGAUUUAUUCAAUAAGAAACUGUAUACAAAUAUUAUUUUUUUUUCGUUAUAUGAGUGAUCACAUAGCGUUAGAGAGAAUCAGAAGAAGUUUUGACUGGAUUUUGCAAUUUACUAUAACCUGUGUAGUGACGGCGUAACGUAUAGGCAAAAUAGGUACAUAAUUUUUUAGCAACAUGGAAAAAACUUUAAAAAUCGCAUUAAAUUUACAACCGUAUUAUUAUUAUGUUGAAAUAUAUUUAUUUUUUAUUUUUAUUUUUUUAUUAAUUAACCCGCGGAAACUUAGGCCAUUGGGUGGUUUUUACUGUGUGGGCGGGUACUGUAUGUUUUUUAAAGACGUUUCAUACAGUUUGGCAGAUUUUUUAGUGGGCACCCGUAGGUAUCUGCUAUGCCCGAGUAGGGGAUGGCAGCAUUUCUCUCCGGAUGCCGUGACUUGCUUGGGAAAAAAUGUUACUCACGGCCGAGGUUUUGAACCGGCGUCGGUGCGCGACGCUACCGACGCUUUGGUCCACUCAGCCACUCCAUCCCCCUUGAAAUAUAUUAAUAUUAUGAUAGUUUGUAUAUAUACUUCAAUAUUUAGAGUACAAUGGGUUAGAAAUUGUAUUGUAAACACUAUCCUCUACAUACGUAAUGCAUAGUAAUUAAUAUAAUAUUAAAGUGUUUUUUACUUACUAUUUAAAACAAUAUUUGUAGAACCGAUAGAUUUAAAUACUAAUAGUGCCUUAAUUGAAACAUCUCUUUUUUUUUUCGUUAAAAUAACUAUAUUAUAAUAUUAUAAUAGGCAUGCAAAAUUGUAUUGUCGUACCAUGACACACACAGAUGUUGUGACAAAAUAUAUCAAAUAAUAGAGCUAACUAAACAAAAUAACUUUCCGAUUGUUGGGUGCGGAAAAUACUGUCGUCCCUAUAUGGCCUAUAGUAUAAAUAAUUAAAAUUUAUAAUAAUAUAAAAUUCAUAAAUUGUUCGUAAUCAAUUAUUUAAGAUAUUGUUCAAUCUUAUAAUUUUACCACUUAAAAAUAUAUUAUACUAGUCUGUUAAGGUUACUAUAUAAUAUAUUGUGCCCUUGUCAACACCAUUCUUGGGUACGAAUGUAUUGUUUGGGAUCCUCAUACCACUAGUAACGUAAAUCAAAUUGAACGAGUCCAAAAUACAUUUUUACGUUUUGCUAAUUAUGUUUUAAGAAUUCACUGUCCAUCCUAUGACUACAACUCACCAAUAACUAAUCUGCUUAUGUUAAUCUGCCAUGUUCGAUGAGCAAAGACGAUUUGCUGGUAUUAGAUUUAUUGGAGGACUGUUAAAGGGCAAAGUUGAUCUUAUUUCGCUAAUAUUCUUUAAGGUACCUCAGCGUUUCACUAGAUCUACCAUUCCUUUUCAUGUCCCUCAUGCCAUCACAAACUAUUUAGCUAACGAACCAAUGAGAAGGUUGAUGGUGAAAGCUAAUUUUUUAAUUUUUUGUUUAAAAACUUUUUCCCUAUUUAGUUGUUAUAUAUAUUUUAUUAUGCAUGUACUUAUAAUUUACUUUUAAUACACAUUAUACAAAAAAGAGCCAUCAAAUAAUUAGUAUAGAACCCAAUAAGCAAUAUGCAUGAAAUCGUUCAUAGUCACUGUUAGUUUAUUGAUAAUGGCACUGGGAAAUUUUAUGAUCGUUCUCAUUUCAACGAUGUCGUUUAAAAAUCAAAUAGGUCUAGUAUAAUUUAUUCAUUAUUAUUUGUUUUAAUAAUUAUCUUGUUACCAUAAUAAUUUGACAACCUAUACCUGUUGGGUACUAUAGUUACACAACCUAGCUUUACAAUAAAGGAUAUACCAUACCAGUGGAAUAAAGGUAUUUUCAGUUAAAUUUAUUUCAUAAUAUUGUCCACAAUAGUAACUAAUUGUAUAAUAUAUAUUUAUAGAUUUCUUCAUUAUUUGAAGUUAUAAUAAUAUGUUUAUUAUUACUCAGUUUGUUGUAUUAAAUUCAUGGGAAUAUGUGUAAAAUAUACACUGUUGCGAAACGUUUCAGUUCAUUGAAUAAUCAAACUAUAAUUAAAAGUGCUUUUUGAUCUGAUAACUUGACUUACUUGACGUAAACUUAAAUAUCUUCUAUGUUA